UUAUAUUUUAUGUGCUGGCAGCAUUUAGCACUGCACAUCAUGGCCGCUGUAAUGAGCGAAUUCGAGCCUUGGUUAAAUAAUAAAUUACAGUCUCUCAAAACCGAUGAAGGUGUGUUUGGAUCUUAUAUAUCUGGUAUAUUAGAAGGCGAAGACACUAUUGAUGACAAGAAAGAUGCCUUAGAAGGGUUAUUGUCAGAAAUUGUGGAUAACGAUAUUGCAAUCCACGUUAAUGAAAUAAUUGAAAAAUGGCAGUUAUGCAAGCCAAAGGAAGAUAAAGAAAAGACAGUUGCAAGUGUUGAUGUUGAUAUUCAUCUAACUAAACUGGUGGAAUCUCAGUCAUUAGCAACAACUACCAGGCGAGAAUAUUCAGACGAAGAGAAAAAAAUUAGAGAGGCUAUAUUAUCUCAGUAUAGUCAACUCUCAGAUAAUGAGGAAGAAGGUGCAACUGAUGAUGUUGCCGAAGCCUCUAAUUUAGUGAAAAAUACUAAUGCUAUAGAUGUAGCUGCUGCAGCCAAGGAAAGAAGAGAACAAGCUCGUUUAGAUGCCCAAAAGAAGAAAGAAAAAGACAAAGAAGAUAGAGAGAAACAAAAACAGUUGAAAGAAGAGAAAAAGGAUAAACGCAAAACUCAAAAGUCUGAACGAAAAAGGUGAAAGUGAAAUAGUGAGCUGUAGUUUUCUGCCGCUCUGAUCUAUUAUCUCCCUGCAUUCUGUAUAAGUAUUAAAUAUAGUCAAUGGAAAUGUAUUUUAAAUAAUGGCUGGUGAAUAAGUAACCUGUAUUUUACAUCAUUAAAUUGUGAAUAUUAUUUUUAAUCUGCCAUUAAAGUUCUUGUUACAA